UUCACUCAUAAGAUGAUUAAGAUUCAAAACCAGGCCUAACAUGCAAAGCAUACCCAACCUUGAUUUAUAGACCUUUCUUUUCUCCCUGCCCUUCUCCUUCAAAUACACACCAGACCAACCAUGGAUUAACCCAAUCAAUAUUUCUCAAGCACUAAGGUUUCAGAACAGAUCUGCUCUCAAACUAUGGACGCUUUGCUCAAGCAAAUGAGGACCAAAUAUUCUGGCCCACGAAGGGAGAAGACACAGGAGGCUGGCAGCCUCACGGAUCGAAGAAUACCACCUCAAAAGACUCAAAGUUUCAAAGAGAAGAAAAACUGGCUCCAGAGACAGUUCUCUGGACGAAAGAGUCAGGAUUAUGAUUCAAGCAAUGGGGUUGACCCGUAUGCAGCCACAGUGGCGGCUGCUGCAUUUGCCAUCAACGCACUGGACGAGCCAGGAACCCCUUUGACUACAAUCAAGAGCAAAAAGGAGGGUAAAGCAAUUUUGAUAGAAGAAGAUGGAAGGGCAUCCAAGCGACUACCAGGUGAAACUUCAAUGAAAUAUUCUGAAAGAGAAGAUAGAAAGGUGCCUGCAACUGCUGCAAUGACUGGAAAGCCCAUAGGGCGUGUCCCUUCAAUGAAAAAGACUCCAACUUUUGCUGACCACCUGAAAAGCACCGACAGUAUAAGACCUGAAGCUGAUGUCCCUGCCACAUUAAAACCAGUCGAAAUUCAAAGGCAGAGUUCAACAAGAACCGGAAUCCCACCAAGUGGUUCCAGGCGGCAGAGCUCAAUGAGAUCUGCAACGCAAGAAACAGAAGCAGAUGCUUGGGAGGAAGCUGAGUUGGCUAAAAUCAAAGACAGGCAUGAGAAGUUAAUUUCCACCUUAAAUUCCUGGGAGGAAAAGAAGAGGAACAAAGCCAGUCGCAAACUAAAGAGGACAGAGAGUGAACUGGAGAGAAGAAGGAAAAAAGCCAUGGACGAAUUCCGCAGGGAUAUGGAAUACAUUGAGCAGAUUGCAGUUGGAGCAAGAGAGAAGGCAAAGGAUAAUCGAAGAGUUGAAGAGUUGAAGGUGAAGGAAAAGUCAACCAUCAUUAGAACAACGGGGAGAGUUCCUAAGACAUGUUUCUGCUGCUGACUGUGAUCUGUUUAUCUGGUUUUACAUUUUAAGUUCUUUAACAUGUAAAUAUUAAUUUCACAGUUUCUUGUCUAACUCAAAGCGCCAACUCAUGGGAAACUAUUUGUAUGAUUUGCCAAUAUUCUAUAUCAAAGAGAAGUCACCAAUAAAAAGUUCCAAGUAA